AUGCCUCUGCCCGUGUGGAAAAGGCCAGGCGUUGCAUACAAUGUAGGCGACGUGGUGACCUUGUAUCCAUACGAGCCCGUCCGCCCCCAUGGCCUGGGGCAGUACUACAGCAACCCCCUCCCGAAGGAUCACGGCUACGGAGAACUGCGCAACUUCGUUAAGACCGACCGCCGUCAUCACGCCAAGGUCAAGAUCACGGAGGCCAUCAAAUACGGCGAGAACCGAAAAUCUCAGAUUUUCGCCUGUCAAGUUGUCGAAUUCCCGCCCGAAGAACGCCCCAAGUUCUACCAGGAACCCCUCAGCAUCGUCGACCCCAACACCAAGCAACGGGAGCCCCUGACCCGACGACUUGUCGCCAAAGCGAUCGACUAUGGCUACUUUCCGAGUAGCUUCGGUGGCCCUUACAGCAGCGCACAGAACGCUGAUGGCAUUCUCAGCCGUAUUCACGCAGCCUACGCUUACUUUCGCUACAACAAGAGGACGGGUUACCCACACACCAUGCCGCAAUUCUACGGUGGCUGGGCUAUGAAGGUCAACGGUGGAACAGAUUACGCGGGCAACGAUCACAUCAGGCUCGUCGGCUUAAUUCUCAUCGAGCACAUUCAUGGCUACUCCAUUGAGGAACUGUGUUAUCGCGAUGGUGGUGAUGAUGGUGUUGAUACCGAAUACCUUGGGAAGCUCAUCCCACCUCCCGGUCCUGUGGGCUUCCGUGGGAACGAUAAUCAACUGAGACAUAUCACCUUUGACCUGGAGAAGCGGCAGCUUGUCAUACAGAUGAUGCUUCACGGUCUCGCUGCGGGCUUCCAAAUUGGGGUUGAACAUCACCACUGUCAACCGUGGAACGUUUUCAUCACUAUGAAGGAUGGAGAGACAGAUCUGGACGAGCUGCGAGUCGUUUUCUUGGACCAUAGCCAUACCCAGGUGUGGCACGAGACCAAGUUUGCCGAAAAUUAUGGCCGAAUUUACUGCUUACAGAAGCUCCCCCACACACCUCAUCCUUUCCUGAGAUGCGACAUCGAUGCCAUUCCAGAGUUUCAUGGCUGGUGGCCUCCAGCCUUCGGUGAUUACAUCGAGGCCAUCCCAGAAACGAAGAACGAUGAGUGGAGGUACAAGGUGUUCGAUGCGUGGCUGAAGAAGGUUUUCGGGCCAGUGGCAGAGGCUCCAUUUGUUCGCAAGCGACUUUCGCCCUAUGAUACCAAGCAAUUGGACAUCAAGCAACUAGAUCCCAAGCGACCAUACGCGAACAAGACGUAUUCGACCUUCGAGCUACUAGACUACAUCGACGAGACGGAACAAGCGGUGCAAGCUAUUUUUCGACUUAUAGAUGACUACCCGGAAGGCGAGCGUAACUUGGAGGGGGAGAAGUUGGCCAAAAAGGCAAUCAUCAAGGGGUUGCGGUCUUACGCUGUCAACGGCUUCCAGCAUCCCACGUCGCAGUACGAAUUACCGAUGGCAUAUAAGCUCAGCCAACCGACUGCCGCAGCUGGAGAAAGCGAAGUCUCAAACGAGAUCAGCCCACCGUCCACCGCAGCUGGAAAACGCAAAGUCUCGAACGAGCUCAGCCCACCUUCCAGCACAGCUGGAAAACGCAAAGUUUCGAACCUCAUUGCCAAGUUUGAAUCCCAGUCUACCGAUGUGUCGACCAUCUCUCAGAACCCCGGACGAACACCUAGGGGAUUUGUCAGUCGAGUGCCUCGCCCGAUUUCGACACAGAUCACAACUCCCCGCACAGUCAGUCCUGUUCCGACGCCUGUCACUCUCACCAGACCAUCUUUCAACGUCCCGUCUCGUGUCUUCCCAUCUCGCAACACCCCGCCCCUUCCCAGCUCCAGUCGCAGUGCCACACCAGGCGACGAGAACCGCCCCCCUCGGAGUCACCCUCCGAGUCGUGAGAGUAUCAGAAGCCAGACUGGCGAAGCCCUCCAGCCCCUUUCUCGAACUCAAGGUCAAAGAACCGAACGUACAACUCUCGGCACAAUGGGCACCACGGGCACCACGGGUAUCGCAAACAAGCCAGGCCCGGACACGACUCCGGGAAUUCGGCGUCCUAAUCGUCCAUCAUCUAUCAGAAUACCGCCUUCCGACUCCAUUGACCUGCCCAAGUCAGCGGACUCCGCUAGAGCGCCCUUGGCCGAGAUAGCCCUACACCGACUACUCCCAGAGCCAGGCGAGGCGCAGACCUUCAGCAACAGUCAAGCACUUCAUCUCCAGGGCACAGACACAAUCGCCAGCAAUCAAGCUCUUCAACCCGAGGGCGCGGACAUAGUCGCCAGCAAUCAAGCUCUUCGGCCCAGGGACCUGGACACAGUCGCCAGCAAUCAACCUCUUCAGCCCAAGGACCUGGACACAGUCGCCAGCAAUCAACCUCUUCGGCCCGAGGACGCGGACACAAUCGCCAGCAGUCAAGCUCUUCAGCCCGAGGACCUGGACACAGUCGCCAGCAAUCAAGCUCUUCGGCCCGAGGGGACUCCAUCACGUUGCCCUUGCGCAGGAGGGAGAACCGUCCCUCCCAGGGCCCAACGACUCCCACAGCUUCGGCUCAACAGUUUCCAGGUCAGGAGAACAGACCUACGUCAUCGUCUCAAGAGGAGAUGGAUCUUGAUGAUGAACGUGGCCAUGGCUAUUGAAGCCUGCUUCCGGGCGAAGAGGAGGUGA